AUGAAACUUUCCAUCGUUGCGAUGGUCUUGUCAUUUCUCUCCCACGCGACGGCGGCGCCUGCGGGGAAUGACCUGGAGAAGCGCGACUCGAGUUCGUUCAAACUUGUUGCAUACGGAGUUGCAUCUUCUUAUAUUGAUAUAUUCUUUUCUGACGGGCUUGCUUAUGCCGGCGAUGCUUCGCUGUGGGAAGCAGAGGGCAAGGUUGUUACCGAUGUUACCUUCGUAAUGCAUAAUACCGAGCUAAACACGACUGCCACUCCCGUCUCUAAGCUUGAUGCGGCGACCCUGUUCUACAUUAGACCCGUCGAAGAUGAUGUUUUGCCAGUCGGCUUCACCAAAAAUGGUCAUGAUACUCCUUCCGAUGCUGUGACAAGCAACUUCAUCUUCUACGGAACCUAUCUGAUGUGGGAGGAGUCUAGCGGAACUUUAUCGUCCUCGUUCCGCCUCUUGCCAAUGAAUGUGUCGGGCAUAUACCAACUAUAUUAUGAUUACUCGAACCUUUAUCCUUCGGGAUAUGCGAUUCCAGUCAUCAAGUCUGUGAAGGUCUGA